UUUUUAGUUGUUUUCAACUUGGUAUUCUGAACCUACACGCUACAGGUUCCCCUUCCAACAACAAGAUAUCUGACAAGGAUGACGUCCCUUUGGUGUCUAACAAUUUUGCUAUUGAUGACGUGUAGUACCAGUUCAGCAGACGACAAAAAUUUGGCAACUACAGUUUAUUCUGAUGCCUUUUUAAAACUUCUGAACCUUUUGAACGGCAACUUUUCUGACCAUCGGGUAGUCAAUGCUUUCAAGGCCAUGGAUGAUCCUGAUCUGGAGAUACCUUCUACUGUUUACUUUUAUAAUAUCCCAGUCGAGAUUCCAGCCAUGGCACCGGCGGUGACAUAUUUUACCGAGGAGUACUUUGAACACCACCUACGUCGACGUCUGAUCUUGGUAGUAUGGGAAGACCAGAAAGGGGAGAUCUACCUGCAGCCUUACAACAUCACGUCUCCUCCCAAUGAUAGAUCUAAACCGUUCUCAAUUGACCAAGUCAAGAAGUUGACCGCAAGUGACUUGACAACAAGAGAGGAGUGUAAGGUCAAGUUUCAGCGUAAAGGAACACAAACCUUCACAGCCCUCUGGCCUGACUGUACCGUCAAUGACAACGGGAUUGUGCCCAAUUUCCGACUGACCUACUCAUGUAACUCCGUGGUGGGAACUGCUACAGAUUCUGAUCAAACCGAGUACUCUCCCAUUCCAGUGGUUUUCACCAGAGAAGGGACGAGGUAUCCUUUCCCAUCAUACCUGAAUGAAGCCAAUGACAAAGUGGCCUGUUAGACAAACGUUCACGCAGAUAACUAUAAUAAAAGUUUUGACAUUAACA